AUGGCCACUGUCACGGAGGCACCUUUAAAGUCACCGCAGGAUAGAUUGGUGGAGCGCGUGUGCUCAUCGGAGGAAGACGACUCUGGCCGUUACGUCAUUGCAAAAGAUGACAUCAGUCCCGGUGAAAUUGUAUUGCUAGCAGCACCUUAUGCGGUAGCCCUCAACCCCAACGAGGCUGUGAGCGCAAUGUAUGUGGCGGCCAACGUGGAGGAGUGGGAAGAUGCCUCCAUGGGAGAACUGGCAGGACGCCGGGUCGGCCAGAGGGUCAAGAAGAGCGGCAACAUCCCAACGGAUGGUGGUGAAUACGUGGCGUUGAGCCCGUGCGUAACAUUCUGCUCCUGCUGUCUGCGACGCAUUCCAACAGGUACGCCUUUCCUCAAUUGCGAAACAAUCGAGGUCCUUUCCCACUUAAUUGCUGUGGAGCACGUUGAGAGUGAAAAUGCAAAGUGGGAAAAAGAACGAGAGUCUCACCAACGAACUGGCUCUGAUGCCGGCGAUGCAGCCGAUCUCGGAGAUAGGAUGCACAUCAAGAAGGAAAAGAAAUUGCAGAAGCCUGCCAGGUCUGCUAAAAUGCGGUCGAAGGGGUAUUUAUCGCUGAAGCAGAGGUUGCUAGAGGCCGCCACUGCCCAACGUGAGUCCGCCAUGUACGAAGCUCAGAAAUUUGGUGGUGCGCUGGGCGACAGCAGUAGGAAUAUAUCGUGGCCGGAACGAGUUGUGGAAAAGCACGUUCUUGAAGAAGACCUGCUGGUGCGAGGUGCGUGUGGCUGUGCUGGUUGCGGCGUAGCUAUUUACUGCUCAAAGUCCUGUUGGCAGAGUUUUAAUGAAUUACACCGCGCUACGGGUGCGUGCCGCGUUUUGCGCGACGUUUAUUCACCGCUGAUGAGGAUAUUCUUGUCACGUAUUACAAAGGGAAACAAGGGAGGGUCCGCCGAAAUUUUUUGUAUUGACUCAUGGAGCCCAAAGCACUGGCUUCGACGAACAACCGAUGAGAAAGCAUGGGAGAUGCUGCAGCUGCUUCUUGCAGCCCUUCUGGUGGGAAGGUGCGCGAAGGAAGGGUAUGCAAACAAUAUGAGGGAGGAAGAGAAAGAGAGACAACACCCAGCGGAGAAUGUGGACGACUAUUAUAGUGAAGAAGAGGACAGAGUUUGGGGAACCAUGGGCGAUGAGGAGUCUGCAUCACCAAGAGACUGUGACCACCUCCAGGUCUCGAACACUCCAACCACGGGGACGAAGAUAGAGGAGGACGGAGGUAGGGAUGUGUCAAUUACCGUGAACUCUGCAAUUCCCCGUGAAGCGGAGGUAAUCCGCUUGGUACGUUCACGGAUGGGCACAGCGGUUGAAGUUUUGGACUCUAGGGUGAAUGAAUGCGGAAAAUGCCCCCCUAGUGUGGGAAGGAUCCCAAUGUCGCUUUGCGUGUCCAUUAAGGACCAUAUCGUGCUAGGUAUACGUGCAGACGGUUCCGAAACACAUGCAAUUCAGUGUCCACAAUGGCCUGAAGCUGCCGCUCUGGUUACAAACCUUUCCGUGUUAAGGAAAGAGUCUCGGUCAGUGUUCCGCAGGUACUACCGCCGGUUUUGCCUGUCUGUGCUCCCUUGGCUGAACUGCAGUGAGGGGACCGACGAGCCACUCAGUGUUUCUUCCAGCUUCUUUGACCGCUUGUGCGGUGCCGUGCAGUGUAACAACUUUGGUUUGUUUGACCCCAAGGAAGACUGUAUCGGUGUUUCCGUCAUCCCAGAGGCCUCGUACUUCAACCACAGUUGUUUGCCAAACUUAUGUCGUGUCAUGUGCGACGGUGGCAUUGCUGCGUUCUAUGCGUUGCGCGAAAUCCGCAAGGGUGAACCCCUCACUAUUUGUUAUGUGGAUGUGCAGGAAGUAUCAACAGCAGAACGCCGGCGUACGCUUCUUACUUCCUAUCGGUUUUUCUGCCAGUGUAAACGCUGCAAUGGGAGUAGCGUGGUUGACGACAAGACGGAUGCUGACGCGGCCAAGCUGAGGUUGUGUGGUGCGUGUGCUGCGCGUGGUUACCUACGACCACUCCCACCUACUGACGCUGCUAUCCUUUGUCGUUGGACAAUGGACAGCAUAGCAACCGGAGAGUGUACCGUUUGUCACAAUCGAGCACCGUGGGGGGGGACUUCCUAA